AACACACACGCCACAAACCCCACCUUAGCAUUCAUCUAUAAGCAUCCACCGUAUGCACACACCAAACAGUGACUGAAAACGUUGUGGUCGGCUUGAAAAAUAGAAACAGUUCCGGCUGAUAAGAUAGAACAAACUUAGCUAAUGCCGUGAUCUUUAUAAAGAUCACGGCAUCAGCUUCAUAAUACUAGCAAUAGAUGCUUUCAAGUUCGAGACCAACUAUAAUAAUUAUAUAGGUCUGUGAAAACCGCCCAAUUAUGAGAUAUAUGCAUGGGUCCAAAUAAAAGUUUUAAUAAUAAUGCCAUUUAUUUGAGCGGUUAAUACUUAGUAAACGCCUUUCCCAUUUUAAUAAAAGAAUUGGGGCUGUCAACCUGAAUAAAUAUAGUAAUUUUAUAGACGAGAAAAUAAGAUUAUAUCAUGCAGUGGCAGAUCUAAAGGGGGGAUUCUAGAGCAAUACAGCCUGCGCAGCGUGAAUUUUUGCAUAAAUAAAGCUUAGCAGGGAUUACAGGAACUACAGGUAAGUGAUAAGUGUAUGUGAAAGCUGGAACAACUUACUAACUAGUUGCUUAAGCCUCCCACUCACUUCUGUCUGAGAGGGGGUUCAAUUGAACCCAAAGAACCCCCUCCUAUAAAUCUGCCACUGUCAUGCAGGCCAAUUAUAAAUAUAACCUGACUACAACUCAGUGUCAUUGCAUAUACCCGCUUAUGGACGAGGAAUUUACUUUGCACAGUAGCACAUAAAAUAAACAAUUAUCUACGCUCAGAAGAAAUUGACAGCCCAGUUUGUGAAUAGGAAUUAAUUUAAUAGUUGCAGAUGAUAAGUCAUGACCACAUAACACACAUUUUUUGUCUCUGUAUUGAUAAUUCCUACACUACCAACUCACCCCAGUGAGGCCAAGGCUGUAAGUAUUAUGUAUGGCCAUAAUUAUAACAUGACUCAGUAAUUCUCAUUGCAAAAGGAAAGGGGGUGGGGCUGAGGAGACGAUUAGGCUAUUGCGCAUGUGCAGUACACAGCCACAUGGCAUUCAGUAAUUGACAAGAGUUUGCGACUACAAAAAGCUAACUGCUUUGACUGCUAACGAAUUUUAGAUAGCUAAAAUGCAUCUCUACCUGGACGUGAAGACGUUAUCUCUAUUCUCAAGACCAGAGAAGUCCCAUAUCCAACAAAACUCGGACAUCCGGCCUGAUGCAGUACAUACCUUGUCUACUUAUGAACUCGGUGGUUGUGGCUUGGCGAUGUGCAUUUCCGGUUAUAAUUGUCCACAAUACCACAAAGGACUUGUAAUCUGUGCAGCAGCAGCUAGAGCUCUAUUAUCUACUAUACUCUUGCUAAAUCUGCUAGAUCCUAGCUGAUCAGACUGACUUCUCCAAUCUGUGUCUGCAUGCAAGAAGAGUAGACUGCAAAUGUAUCUUCUCCAAAUGAAGCUGCUUCUACUGCUGGCCAUUGUGCUGCUGCUCCACAGAAGUUGUAAUUGCUGUGUGGUGCAAGAGAUGUGCACAGCUCCAUCAGCUCCAAGCUUAUCUCAGCUAUUUGAGAGUGAAGAAGAUGCUGUGGCUUUUGCAAAGUGUCAUCUUGCUUGCGUUGACAGGGUCCAGCAUGGGAGACUGAGUGACGCAUUGGCGGACAACCCGGUGUGGCCCUCUCUGACUCUAUCAGAGCUCGGUGGAAACUGUGUCCAACUUCAGGAGAUUGUGGAGUGUAGACGAGGCUGUAUGGUCAAGCACCGUAACAGACAGCUCAGCAGAGACGACUGCAGAGAUAUGUGUAUGAGAGAUUGUGGUGCCGAGUGUGAUAAUGGGAUGUGCAUGUACAUGGACACAAACUGCAGGCUCGACUGUAAUACUGGUCGUUACUGUCGAGGUGGGUGUGGUCUAUACUCCACUCUGACCUCUAACUCGACUCCCCUCCCGCCCACACCAACCUCACAUCCCACACUCAUCAUACCGAGCACAAGCUUCACACCCUCACUAUACACAUACAACUAUACCGCUCUGAAGGAAGAGCUUCUCCCAACGAAUAAUAGUACAGGUGACCUGACCACAUUCAUUUUCAAGAUUCAAACGCUAGAUGACCAGACGUCGUAUCUGUUCAAGCCUAGCCUGAAGGAUGGUAGUCUAGUCCUGGACUCAGUCGCUUGUGAGGUGGUCAAUACUUCAUUUGCAGCUGUCACACACAGGGGACUGUCCCUCUACUCACCCUCUGCUCAGACCUGCGUCUAUGGAACCAUACUUUACCCUGGACAACCUACCACCAGUAGCUAUACAUGGGAGCCUGAUUUAAGGCAGAACUUCCUUGACAACGUGGUGAUCAACAUCUCCUGGAAUAAACCUACUGAUUAUGACUUGGUGGCCUACUAUCAACUGAUACUCAACAGCCAAGGCUCUAACUGUGAUAGAGGUCACUCUGGAAACCACGUCUACGCGAUAUCUCCCUCCCCUUCUUUGUCCUUCACAAUAGAGGCGGAUUCACCGCAGCACUUUCCCAGACUGGGCUGUAUCUAUCAGUAUACUAUAAAAUCGUUUCCGAGCAAUGAUGAUGAUAAUUACUUUGGAAUUAUUGAUCUGAAGGAGAUUGAGGAGAGGUCAUCGCUGAAAUGGAUGUGCACUGCCGUGAUUGACCCCCUCACUGGACUCUACACUGCCAUAGCAACCUGGGACACUUAUAACAUCACUGAGACAGUCGUCACCAAUAUGAACUAUAGUGUGAUAGUAUCACUUGAUGACAACUACAAUCUACAUGAGCAACUGAUAAAAACAACCACUAUACCUCUAUUAAAUGGGAGCAGCAGUUACCUUGUUCAUGGAAUAGCACCUCAUGAGGACUUGCGUAUCAAGUUCAGAGUUAGAGCAACAUCCAGUGUUAUCAGCGAACAGCUGCUCCCUGGAGCCUUUGAUUGUUUCACCGGCACUCUACCGCCACAAGUACCCGAUCCUAUAGACGUCAACUCCAUUCAAGUUCACCAGUUCGUACUCAAUGAUAACAAGAAUCUGUUCAUCAACGCCUCGUGGUCGGCUCCCGUUGCUUCGUACGGGAACAUCUCGUGGUAUCGGAUACAGAUAUUGGAACAGCGUAUUGCCCCAGGGCAGGAGGCAGCCAUCUCUGAACUUAUUCAUAGACACAUCUUUAAUGCGAGUGCUAGCAGCUUCAGUGACUGGGAGGCCGUGUCAGUACCCAACAACACUCCGUGCCUCUAUCUACAGGUCCAAGCCACCAACAUCCAGGUUGUGGACAAAGCGGCAGUCGAGAGAGAGCUGAGAUCUGACGAUGUGUGGGGCAACUGGAGUGAGUUGGUGGUGUUGAGGAACAGCUCUCUGUACGACCAAAACUGUCAGCCCAUCAUUAAAAAUGAACCCUCCAAUCUUUCCGAGGGUGAAACUCUCCCCCUCUUUGCGAUCAUCUGCAUUGCAGUGGGCGUGUGUCUGGUCAUAACCCUGGUGCUGGUGUGUCUGUCCUGUGUCAUCAUUUACAAGAGGCAAAAAAUGAGACGACAACUCAGCAAAGUGUUCGUGGACAACAGCUACCCCAACCCGAUGUUCUUCAUGGGUGGUGAGGGGAGAAUGAGACGCAGGAACAGUCUGCCCUAUCGAUCAACACUACAGAUCGGUGCAAAUUCUGUGACUGAUGACUGGGAGAUUCCUGUAGAGAAUGUUCAGACAGACUCAAAGUUUGGAGAGGGUUGUUUUGGUGAGGUGUAUCGGGGGGUGGUGCGUGGACCCCUCCCUAAUUCUCGAAGGAUGAAGAACUCCAUGUGUGUCGUUGUCGCCAUCAAGAUGCUCAAAGAUUCAGCGACGGGUAGUGAGAGAACUGAUUUCCUACACGAGAUUGAUACCAUGAAGGAGAUUGGCCAUGGCAACAAUCCACACGUCAUCAAUUUCAUUGGCUGUGUAACGAUACAGGAGCCACUGUGCCUCAUCACUGAGUUCGUGAGUCAUGGCGACCUCCUCUCUUAUCUGCAGUCCAUCAGGAGAAUGAUCUCUAUCAAGAGUCAAGUGGGUGGUGAGGUCCAUCCGACCCCCUACCUGGAGCCACAGUCCAAGCUUAAGGACCCCCCACAUAGCACCACCACGAGUGUGCCAGCACCAGACGAGGGAACAUCGGGGAGGGAGGAGGUGGCUGCAGAGUGUGUGUUGAGACCACCCCCUGGUUCAGCGUACGAGAGACUCGGUGAUGUGGAACCAGUCAAUCUUCUCUCAUUCGCCUACCAGAUUGCAUCUGGAAUGGACUACCUCUCCAGCCUCAACGUGGUCCAUCGUGACUUGGCCUGCCGUAACAUUCUAGUGGGGGAAGACAAAAACCUCAAGAUCUCCGACUUUGGCAUGUCUCGUUUUGUGGCCGCUGAGGACAUCUACGUGAAGGAGGGACGUGUUCGGUUGCCAUGGAAAUGGAUGGCGAUAGAGUCGAUUGUCAACCGAGAGUUCACCAGUGCCUCAGAUGUGUGGGCGUAUGGUGUGACCCUGUGGGAGAUAGGGACUUUGGGUGGUUUCCCCUACCCUGCCAUCUCUAACAGAGAGCUACUGGACUUCCUCAGGGAAGGGGACAGACUGGAGCGCCCUGACAACUGCAAUACUGAAAUCUACGAGAUCAUGUGCAACUGCUGGAGUGAGGACCCUGGUGAUCGAUGGACCUUUGCUCAGCUUCGAUCAAAAUUUGACGCCAUGUUGUCCGAGAGAAACCCUUACUACUUUGACCUGAACCAUGUUAACUCCCAACGUCCGUAUUAUAACAAUCUGUCAGAGCAAAGCCACUCCGAUGGCAACCACACCAACUCACUCAGUGGGGAGGAACUAGAGUCAUCAUCUGCUGUCGGAGGAGCCGCCAGUGGCUAUGACUACCUCAAACCACGCCCUCCAGCCCCUGUCCCAAUUCCACCCAUCGAUACCACUGCUCCCCAGUUCAUGAUCCACCCCUCAACCAAUCCCUACGUAGAGACCCCCACAGCCAAACAUCCCUGUAUGACAUCAUACGACCUCUCCCUGCGUGAUUCCGGUCAGGGUUCUUCGAGUGAGACUAUCGGACAAGAGUUGGAGCAGGUGGGCUCGGAGAAUAGUAACCAUAACAACAACGAAACUGAUGAGAUUGAUACUAAUAUUGACAAUGUUGACGUAGUAACAGACCCUCAUGUGUGAUUUUAAUACUCUAUUUUCAGUUGUAAUCAGAGUUCAUUUGUAAUGGUUGUAACAAUAAUUUUUUGACAGUAAUUAUAUUUUCUGACCUAAUAAACACCUGUGAUAAUUAUAUAAUUAUGGCGCAAUAUAAAUAUUAUGCGCAUGGAUUUCCCCUGAUACUAUCACUGUGACCAUUCACACUUUUAAGGGGGUGAAGUUUUGUGAGUGUAUUUAUUUUGUAAUGGGGCUGCAUGAAAGUAUAAGGGGGGAAAACCAUCAGUUGCAAUUGGGCUAACUUUACAGCCAAUUAUUAAACCAUCUAAGGCAAAUUGAGGAAAAGAACUAAGCCUCAGGCAAAAUUUUAAAAGACCUUUAGUGUUUAACCAAGGGCGCAUGAGCUCAGGUAGGUUAAGGCAUAAUUAUUAAGAUCAGUGCCAUAAAUAGUAUAAUUAAUGAAGUUGCCCUGUCAUUGUGAAAUGGCAUCAAUGCAUGUUUUUGCUCUUGAAUUAUAUCUUAUACGUAGAAAGGAUCAGUAUGAUAACAUCGUUGCCAUGGUUACUGACAUAUUGUGUGCGUUACCUGUGACCAUUUAUUUUAAACAACUCUUUUCAGAAUGCAGCCUCCAAUACACAAUUUCAUGACCCCAUCUUAGUAUCAAAAGAAAGCUCACAAUCCAACCUGCUGUGUGACUAAUGCUAGUUGAGGAACUCGGACACUUGUGCUGAUUGUACUGAGACUGGGGUCUAUUGGCACACUUACGUUUCUCCCAUCUACUACUGAAGGCACUCCUUUGCUACAAAUCUGGCUCUGUAUUUAUUGGAUUGUGUUAUUUUGUUAUUGAUUUAUUAGUUUGUGUAGCUACCUGAUUUUCUUUUGCAGCUUGUAGUUAAUUUAAUUGAAGACAUUCUCACAAAACCAC